AUGUUUGCUCAUGCUCAGCUUCAACUCACUCUGCCUGCAGUCACCGUGAUUUCCCAUGCACCACCUGCAACCAACAACUUGGUCUUCUCACUCUCUCUUACCGCAAAUUCGAGUGGCUCUCGUCAAACUAACUUCCAGAGCUGGUACAUAAUGAACGGCAUACCAAAAGAGCUCGUCGCGUCCUCCGGGCAAUUUCGCUUCUUCGUCGGCCCAGAUGCCAAAGAAUAUACCAUCCAUUCCGACCUCGUUGCUCUUCAAUCUCCGGUGCUCAGCGCCUUGGUGAGCGGUGGCUUGAGCGAGUCGAUUACUCAAUCCGUUAAAUGGGAUGAUAUCGACGAGCCAUCUUUCCUCAGCUUCUGGGAGUUCUCAUACACGGGAGACUACGACGUGUCAGACGCAGCCUACAGCAAGAGUGGCUCUAAUGGUCUGAGUUCCAGCGACGAAGACAAAGAGGCGACAGAUGGUCAGAACGGAUCACCUUCCAGCAGAGACGGAUACUGUCACGAAGACGAGGCAGAAUGCGAACAACGGGGAGAAGGGCAUAUGCAGGGAAUAUUUUCAUCAACAGCCAGGAACCGACAGCGUCCCGCGAUGACCUGGAGUGACCAUGUGCUUGGAACAGAAUAUCCGCAAGAUGUCAAAGACGGAGAUUACGCGGGCGCGGCCCUGCAUCAUGCACGAGUCUAUAUCCUGGCAGAUCGCUACGGCAUUACCCGCCUUAUGAACCUGUCGAUCCAUAAGCUAGGGACAGUGAUGAAGACUUGCACCGAAGCCGAAGACAAAACGCAGGGCAUCAUGGCAUUGCUGCAGCUCUGCUACACGAAUUUCGUGCCGGAUCGGUUGAUACGCCUUGCAAUUCACCAUGCUGCCGACAGCAUUCUUCACUUGUGGGAGCUCGAAGAAUUUCACGAGUUGCUAAUUACGCAUGCCGCCCUGUCAAAGACAAUGUUGGAGUUAUUUUUGCCGGUGGCCCAGGAGUCUAGUGAUGAGGGCGAUGACAGGUACGAUGGUUGGAACGACUCCAGGGAAGUAUGCGAGAAUAGAACAGUUUAUGAAUGGGCGGGGAUGGAUUAUCCUUCUUUCGCCCCGGAUUCAACAGGUUCAUCGAACGGGUGGCCAUAG